AUGAAACCCAAAGGUAAUUUCCUGCUCUAUGCUCAGCUCUUCAGUGGCCUGUGUGGAAAGACUGAAGAGUGUCCCCACCACCAAGCAAAGACGCCCGCUCGCUCCUCAGCGCGCGUCCUCCCGCGGUCACCCCACCCGGCACCCACGCCCCGCUCGUUCCUCAGCGCGCGUCCUCCCGCGGUCACCCCACCCGGCACCCACGCCCCGCUCGCUCCUCAGCGCGCGUCCUCCCGCGGUCACCCCACCCGGCACCCACGCCCCGCUCGCUCCUCAGCGCGCGUCCUCCCACGGUCACCCCACCCGGCACCCACGCCCCGCUCGCUCCUCAGCGCGCGUCCUCCCGCGGUCACCCCACCCGGCACCCACGCCCGCUCGUUCCUCAGCGCGCGUCCUCCCGCGGUCACCCCACCCGGCACCCACGCCCCGCUCGCUCCUCAGCGCGCGUCCUCCCGCGGUCACCCCACCCGGCACCCACGCCCCGCUCGCUCCUCAGCGCGCGUCCUCCCACGGUCACCCCACCCGGCACCCACGCCCCGCUCGCUCCUCAGCGCGCGUCCUCCCGCGGUCACCCCACCCGGCACCCACGCCCCGCUCGCUCCUCAGCGCGCGUCCUCCCACGGUCACCCCACCCGGCACCCACGCCCCGCUCGCUCCUCAGCGCGCGUCCUCCCGCGGUCACCCCACCCGGCACCCACGCCCGCUCGUUCCUCAGCGCGCGUCCUCCCGCGGUCACCCCACCCGGCACCCACGCCCCGCUCGCUGCUCAGCGCGCGUCCUCCCGCAGUCACCCCACCCGGCACCCACGCCCCGCUCGCUCCUCAGGGCGCGUCCCCCCGCGGUCACCCCACCCGGCACCCACGCCCCGCUCGCUCCUCAGCGCGUGUCCUCCCGCGGUCACCCCACCCGGCACCCACGCCCCGCUCGCUCCUCAGCGCGCGUCCUCCCGCGGUCACCCCACCCGGCACCCACGCCCCGCUCGCUCCUCAGCGCGCGUCCUCCCGCGGUCACCCCACGGGCACCCACGCCCCGCUCGCUCCUCAGCGCGCGUCCUCCCGCGGUCACCCCAUCCGGCACCCACGCCCCGCUCGCUCCUCAGCGCGCGUCCUCCCGCGGUCACCCCACCCGGCAUCCACGCCCCGCUCGCUGCUCAGCGCGCGUCCUCCCGCAGUCACCCCACCCGGCAUCCACGCCCCGCUCGCUGCUCAGAGCGUGUCCUCCCGCGGUCACCCCAUCCGGCACCACGCCCCGCUCGCUCCUCAGCGCGCGUCCUCCCGCGGUCACCCCACCCGGCACCCACGCCCCGCUCGCUCCUCAGCGCGCGUCCUCCCGCGGUCACCCCACCAGGCACCCACGCCCCGCUCGUUCCUCAGCGCGCGUCCUCCCACGGUCACCCCACCCGGCACCCACGCCCCGCUCGCUCCUCAGCGCGCGUCCUCCCGCGGUCACCCCACCCGGCACCCACGCCCCGCUCGUUCCUCAGCGCGCGUCCUCCCGCGGUCACCCCACCCGGCACCCACGCCCCGCUCGCUCCUCAGCGCGCGUCCUCCCGCGGUCACCCCACCCGGCACCCACGCCCCGCUCGCUCCUCAGAGAGCGUCCUCCCGUGGUCACCACACCAGGCACCCACGCCCCGCUCGCUCCUCAGAGCGCGUCCUCCCGCGGUCACCCCACCCGGCACCCACGCCCCGCUCGCUCCUCAGAGAGCGUCCUCCCGCGGUCACCCCACCCGGCACCCACGCCCCGCUCGCUCCUCAGAGAGCGUCCUCCCGCGGUCACCCCACCCGGCACCCACGCCCCGCUCGCUCCUCAGCGCGCGUCCUCCCGCGGUCACCCCACCCGGCACCCACGCCCCGCUCGCUCCUCAGCGCGCGUCCUCCCGCGGUCACCCCACCCGGCACCCACGCCCCGCUCGCACCUCAGCGCGCGUCCUCCCGCGGUCACCCCACCCGGCACCCACGCCCCGCUCGCUCCUCAGAGCGCGUCCUCCCGCGGUCACACCACCCGGCACCCACGCCCCGCUCGCUCCUCAGCGCGCGUCCUCCCGCGGUCACCCAACCCGGCACCCACGCCCCGCUCGCUCCUCAGGGCGCGUCCCCCCGCGGUCACCCCACCCGGCACCCACGCCCCGCUCGCUCCUCAGCGCGCGUCCUCCCGCGGUCACCCCACCCGGCAUCCACGCCCCGCUCGCUGCUCAGCGCGCGUCCUCCCGCAGUCACCCCACCCGGCAUCCACGCCCCGCUCGCUCCUCAGGGCGCGUCCCCCCGCGGUCACCCCACCCGGCACCCACGCCCCGCUCGCUCCUCAGCGCGCGUCCUCCCGCGGUCACCCCACCCGGCACCCACGCCCCGCUCGCUCCUCAGCGCGCGUCCUCCCGCGGUCUCCCCACGGGCACCCACGCCCCGCUCGCUCCUCAGCGCGCGUCCUCCCGCGGUCACCCCACCCGGCACCCACGCCCCGCUCGCUCCUCAGCGCGCGUCCUCCCGCGGUCACCCCACCCGGCACCCACGCCCCGCUCGUUCCUCAGAGCGCGUCCUCCCGCGGUCACCCCACCCGGCACCCACGCCCCGCUCGCUCCUCAGAGCGCGUCCUCCCGCGGUCACCCCACCCGGCACCCACGCCCCGCUCGCUCCUCAGAGAGCGUCCUCCCGCGGUCACCCCACCCGGCACCCACGCCCCGCUCGCUCCUCAGAGAGCGUCCUCCCGCGGUCACCCCACCCGGCACCCACGCCCCGCUCGCUCCUCAGCGCGCGUCCUCCCGCGGUCACCCCACCCGGCACCCACGCCCCGCUCGCUCCUCAGCGCGCGUCCUCCCGCGGUCACCCCACCCGGCACCCACGCCCCGCUCGCACCUCAGCGCGCGUCCUCCCGCGGUCACCCCACCCGGCACCCACGCCCCGCUCGCUCCUCAGAGCGCGUCCUCCCGCGGUCACCCCACCCGGCACCCACGCCCCGCUCGCUCCUCAGCGCGCGUCCUCCCGCGGUCACCCCACCCGGCACCCACGCCCCGCUCGUUCCUCAGCGCGCGUCCUCCCGCGGUCACCCCACCCGGCACCCACGCCCCGCUCGCUCCUCAGGGCGCGUCCCCCCGCGGUCACCCCACCCGGCACCCACGCCCCGCUCGUUCCUCAGCGCGCGUCCUCCCGCGGUCACCCCACCCGGCACCCACGCCCCGCUCGCUGCUCAGCGCGCGUCCUCCCGCGGUCACCCCACCCGGCACCCACGCCCGCUCGCUCGCUCCUCAGCGCGCGUCCUCCCGCGGUCACCCCACCCGGCACCCACGCCCCGCUCGCUCCUCAGAGAGCGUCCUCCCGCGGUCACCCCACCCGGCACCCACGCCCCGCUCGCUCCUCAGAGCGCGUCCUCCCGCGGUCACCCCACCCGGCACCCACGCCCCGCUCGCUCCUCAGCGCGCGUCCUCCCGCGGUCACCCCACCCGGCACCCACGCCCCGCUCGCACCUCAGCGCGCGUCCUCCCGCGGUCACCCCACCCGGCACCCACGCCCCGCUCGCUCCUCAGAGCGCGUCCUCCCGCGGUCACCCCACCCGGCACCCACGCCCCGCUCGCUCCUCAGCGCGCGUCCUCCCGCAGUCACCCCACCCGGCACCCACGCCCCGCUCGCUCCUCAGGGCGCGUCCCCCCGCGGUCACCCCACCCGGCACCCACGCCCCGCUCGUUCCUCAGCGCGCGUCCUCCCGCGGUCACCCCACGGGCACCCACGCCCCGCUCGCUCCUCAGAGCGUGUCCUCCCGCGGUCACCCCACCCAGCACCCACGCCCCGUCCGCUCUUCUGA